AUGAAUUCAUAUUGUUUUCAAUUCUUUAUUAUUCGAUAUAUAGUUUUAAUAGCACUGAAUGAUAAUUAUGUUUGGACCAUAAAAUCAUCACAUGAGAACAAUGGGUUUCACCACUUAGCUGGAAUAUGUCAACUAUAUAACGGAACAAUCUGCAAUGAAUAUUUAAAAAAUUCCUUUGUGUUUAUAUCUCCAAAUACAACUAUUAAUGAUUUAGAAGAACGAUUGAAAGCCGCGUAUGGGGUGAUAAAAGAGUCAAAAGAUAUGAAUUCAAACUGCCGAAAAUAUGCACUGCCGAGCUUAUGUUUGAGCUCGCUUCCAAUAUGUAGAACUCCUGAACGAACCAAUUUAUUAUAUUUUGCCAAUGUUGCCAUGAUAACGAAUAAAUAUAGCGGAAAUGAGACACGAACAAAAAGAUUUGUUUCAAAAGAUGCUAAAAAUAAGCAUUCGUUUCUUAAAAAAAAAUCAGUUUACUACAGCGAUGUAUUCACGAAAGAUGUAUCGAGUAAAUAUCCACCAACUAGAGACUCUGAAAAUUUGAAAAGGAUUUGUAGAGAAGAAUGUGAGCUGCUAGAAAAUGAGCUUUGCCAAAAAGAAUACGCAAUUGCAAAACGUCAUCCAGUAAUUGGUAUCGUAGGAGUUGAAGAGUGCCAGAAAAUACCACAACACCAAGAUUGCUCCACAUUAGGAAUAACUAUUGAAGUAGACGAGUCCGAAAACUGCUAUUGGGAAGACGGCUCAAGUUACAGAGGAGUCAAAAACGUUAGUGCGUCAGGAAAACCAUGUUUAAGAUGGUCUUGGUUAAUGAAAGAAAUAUCGGACUUUCCAGAACUGAUAGGACAAAACUAUUGCAGAAACCCAGGAAGCGUGGAAAAGACUCCUUGGUGUUUUGUGGAUGAUAUAUCAUUAGAUCGAAACAUGGAACCUUGCGAUAUUCCUAAAUGUGUCGAUAAAAUCUGGCUGAGCAUUAUCUUAAUUUUUGGUGUGGUUUUUGCAACAGUCAUCCUUAUUUCGAUAUUACUUUUGAAGAAAAAAAAGUCCCGUGGAAUGAAAAAUAUACAAAAUAUUAAUACACCUAAUGCUGGCAACAAUAUAUAUGGAAAUUCACAAAUAAAUGCAAACCAAGAAUCGGGGCGAACUUUAAAUAGUCCCAUGGAUCCGAUUAGCAUACCUUCUAAAAACAUGGAAAAAAACUCUCUUCUAAGAAUACCACACUUUACUUUACAAGAUGUUGAGUUCUUUGAGGAAUUGGGCGAAGGAGCAUUUGGAAAAGUAUAUAAAGGACAGCUAAUACAACCUAACAAAAAAAUGAUCAACGUUGCCAUCAAAGCCUUAAAAGAAAAUGCAUCAUUUAAAACACAGCAAGAUUUUAGACGUGAAAUUGAAUUAAUAUCGGAUCUCAAACAUCAAAACAUUGUUUGCAUAUUAGGUGUUAUUUUAAAUAAGGAGCCCUACUGCAUGCUCUUCGAAUAUAUGGCAAACGGCGACUUACAUGAAUUUCUAAUAUCAAAUUCGCCAAUUGAAAAAAAGUUCCUAUUACAAUUGGAAUUUCUACAAAUAGCAAUGCAAAUAAGUGAGGGAAUGGAGUAUCUAUCAGGUCACCACUAUGUUCAUCGGGACUUGGCUGCUAGAAACUGUUUGGUCAAUGAAGGCUUGAUUGUAAAAAUAUCUGAUUUUGGGCUGUCCCGCGAUAUUUACAGCUCUGAUUACUAUAGAGUGCAAUCAAAAUCGUUACUGCCUGUUAGGUGGAUGCCCUCUGAAUCUAUUUUAUACGGAAAAUUUACUACUGAAAGUGAUAUAUGGUCAUUUGGCGUAGUUCUCUGGGAAAUCUACAGUUAUGGAAUGCAGCCGUAUUGUGGUUAUAGUAAUCCAGAGGUGAUAAAUUUAAUAAGAUCUCGCCAAUUACUAUCUUGUCCAGAUAAUUGCCCAACUGCAGUCUAUUCUCUGAUGAUUGAAUGUUGGCAUGAACAGGCUGUAAAGCGCCCCACAUUUUCAGACAUUUCACAUCGAUUAAAGACUUGGUAUGAGGGUCAUGUCAAAAUCAGUAACCAAAAAUCAUAAAUAAAAAAAUACUUAUAAACUGAAUGUAUUCACAUAUUUUAUUAUCUUUUUAAAAUAUGGCUAAAAGCUUUUUAGCUAUUAAAAAAUGAUAGUUUGUAAUUAAAACCAUGUGUGACUAGGAGAUAUCCUGAAUCCAGUUCAAUCAGCGCUUUUUAAUAUUUUCCAGAGCUUCUAUCGAGCAUAAAACAAACAAAUAAAA